AUGGCUUCGCUGACCAUCCGCAACUUGACGAUCCACCCGCUGGAGCUCAAGACGGUGGAGCGCCUUGAGGGCGAGUCUGUCCCGGAGCCCGGCGGUCUGGCGAGGAUCAACAGCACCAUCUCCGGCUUCCUGAGCAAGAACUCUACGCCGUCGGGCGGUGUGAAGCCACGCGACAACCAUGCGCCUCUCAGCAAGGAGGACAUCAAGGAUGUUGUCGCCAAUCCCUUCGAAACCAAGCCGACCAACAUCCGGGCGGCGGACCCGACCCGUGAGAUUCUCCGGCUGACCUUCCAAGCACCCGGGCAGUCACACAAGUACCAGGUGGACGUACCGGGACCCUCGCCGCGCAGCAUUGUCAUGAAGCGGCUUGACGGUGCACCGCAUGAGCUCACGGCAGUCUACAUUCCCACUGGUGCAUACCUGUCCAUCUUCAGCUCUACCAACCUUGCCGCAUGGAUGAAGGAGCUGCACAAUGACUACCCCCUAUCCGCCCUUUCUAUCCCGGGCACGCACAACAGCCCGACCUGCCACACAGCUCUGCCUUCGGUGCGCUGUCAAGCUGUCGGCGUCAAGGAGCAACUGGAUAAUGGCGUUCGCUUCUUUGACAUUCGAGUUUCUGCAAACACGGACAACGACGACCUGGCGCUGGUACACGCCGUCUUCCCAAUCAGCUUGACCGGAAACAAGUAUUUCCACGACAUGCUGAAGGACAUCUACGGCUUCCUCGACCGCAACCCGUCCGAGACGCUGCUCAUGUCCGUCAAGCGCGAGGGCACAGGGAAGGGCACCGACCAGCACCUGUCGCGGUACCUCCACAAGCGCUACUGCGGCGGCAACGACGCCCGGCGGUGGUUCACAGAGCCCCGGAUCCCGAAGCUGGGCGAGGCGCGCGGCAAGAUCGUGCUGGUCCGGCGCUUCAACUCGGACGACAGCCUGCGCGGGGAGCACGGCGGCAAGGGCUGGGGCAUCGACGCCGCCUCGUGGCCCGACAACUGCGCCGACGGCGAGUGCGGCAGCAAGCUGAUCCGCGUCCAGGACUUCUACGAGGUCGACCAGAGCACCAAUAUUGAGAAGAAGAUUGAGCUGGCGCGCGCCCACCUCGAGCGCGCCGGCCAGCAGCUCUUCAACAUCGCCGCCGUGGGUGCCCAGCAAGCCGCCGCGGCCGGUUCGACCCUGCCGUUCUUUGUCAACUUCCUGAGCGCGAGCAACUUCUUCAACGCGAGCUGCUGGCCCGAGAAGAUCGCCGGCAAGGUCAAUCCUGCGGUGAUUGAGUACCUCUGCAUGCGGCACGCCGAGCACGGAAAGGGGCCGGGCAAGCUGACUGUGGGUGAUGCUAGCACGGGUAUCGUGGUCACGGACUGGGUAGGUCACAACGGCGACUGGGAUCUCAUUCGAUGCAUCGUGGGCUGGAAUGCCAGGCUACAGUUGAAGAAGUAG